AUGGAGUACAUGGCGGGUGGUGAGUUGUACGAUCGAUUGUUCCAGCACCGGGUGUACAAAGAGGAGAUGGCUGCAAAGACGGCCAAGCAAAUGCUGUUGGCUGUGGCCUAUCUCCAUUCGCACCAGAUCGCUCACCGCGACUUGAAGCUGGAGAACUUUUUGUACGAGCGACAGGACAACGACCAUUUGAAGUUGAUCGAUUUUGGUUUCGCCAAAUUCUGGGAUCGGAGCCGAAACAUGACACAGGCCUGUGGCUCGACUCAUUACGUAGCGCCAGAGGUCCUUGGGAACUCCUAUACCCUGAAAGCGGACCUUUGGUCCUUGGGCGUGAUCAGCUACAUGCUCCUCACAGGGAGCCCACCUUUCCAUGGGCCUGACAAAGAGGUGCUUGCCAAGAUCAGGGCAGGGAAAGUUCACUGGUCCUCCAAGUUCAAGCGUCUUUCGACCCACGCGCAAGACUUCGUGAAGGCCUUGCUUGUGGUGAAUCCAAACGACCGACUAGAUGCUCAAGGCGCACUUGAGCAUCCCUGGGUGAAAAGCCUCGGAGGCAACGCUGAGUCGCCCACGCUGGACGAUGACAUCAAGACGAGCCUCCUGAAGUUUGCCAAGGCCACGGCCUUCCGCCGCGCCGUGCUCUCCAUGAUGGCCUGGUCAUUGUCCGCAGAGGACCGGGCACAGUUGCGGAAUGAGUUCCUGGCCUUUGAUACAGAGAAUACUGGAACCAUCACGCAUUUCCAGAUGAAAGAAAUCCUGGAGAAGUACUAUCACAUCGAUUCUUUCGAGGCCGAGGCCAUGUUCAGAAGCAUGGACACGGACCACGACGAUGUCAUUGCAUACAGCGAGUUUCUGGCAGCUGCCAUGCAGGGCCGCAUCAAGGUUCACGAGGACGUGCUUCGGAGGACCUUCCGAAAGUUCGAUGUGGACAACUGCGGGAAGAUCACAGCGGAAGACUUGCAAGGCAUUCUGGGCGAACAGUUCGAGGGCACAGAUGCACAAGAUCUCAUCAGAGAGGCAGAUACCAACGGGGAUGGGAUGAUUGAGUACGAUGAGUUCUUGCAGUACUUCCAUAGUCAUGAGGUGCACCUUGAAGAGGACGCUGCUGCCUCAAGAGUGGCAGAAGGGCAGUGCGAGAAGGGCAUUAGUUGGGCAGUGCCAGGGCAUAGUGCGGUGGCUUUUCGUUCAGGGGAUAAGCGCAGGCGGAAUAUGGUGGAAUGGAGGACAUCAUUUGGAUCGAAAUCUUGA